AUGCCUCAUGUCAGAGAGCAGGAAUACAAGGUUCCCUCUGAAGAUUGCGAGCUCCAGUAUGUUGAAGUGAUACAAAGACAUCAUAAGCGGACACCUUAUGCCUCCAACACAUUUUUCAAAGAGGACAUCACAUGGGAUUGCUCUAAUGAGGGUCCUUAUCACUACGCCAAAGAUCGCAACGGCCUUCAAACUGCACCUGUAAAUUGGCAAGCCCAGACCGGCACCCAGAACCCCUUCGAAUACACCGUCGGCCCAGGUUCUCUCAACUCAACUUUCCGAGUUUCUCCCUUGACAUUGAAGUGCGCAAGCCUAGGUAACCAAUGGACCGGCUGGAGCGGAAAGGGUAUGGAUUUUGAAGAGAGUAGCAAGCUCCUGGACGCGUUCUACGAGGCCGGCGGCAACUUUAUCGAUGUCGCUAAUAACUAUCAGGAUGAGCAGUCCGAAAUGGUAUUGGGCGAGUGGAUGGAGAAGAGAGGCAUCCGCGAUGAGAUAGUGGUUGCUACCAAGUUCACCAGCUAUCCUCUUGCCAGGAAGGAAGGUCCCUUCGAAGACAUCGCUAUCAAUUACUCCGGAAAUAGCAGGAAGAGUCUUAAUCUUUCUCUACCCUCUCUGAAGAAGCUCCGAACCAACUACAUUGACGUCUUCUACGUCCAUUACUGGGAUCACACCACUUCCAUUCCGGAGCUCAUGCAGUCCCUCAACGAGCUUGUCAACAGCAGGAAAGUGCUUUACCUUGGUAUCUCAAUACCACAGAUAUCAGGUUGGGUCGUAGCUCAUGCCAAAGACUAUGCGAUCCAGCAUUUACUAGCUCAGUUUGUGAUCUACCAAGUAAUGUGGAAUGUCCAGAUCAAGAAGCAAGCCAAUUGGCGAGGCGGAGUGCCACCUACCGAAGCCGAGUUGAAGGUAUCUCAGGAGCUGCAGGAGAUCGCUGAAGAGCUUCUUGGGGGUGUCAAGCUCGCUAAUGUGGCCUUGGCGUGGUCCAGGCAUAUGGUGGCGGACGUUUUCCCUCUCAUUGAAGGUUCCAGCAUCGAGCAUCCCAAGGCAAACAUCGAGGCUCUUAAGAUUAAGCUGACUGAAGCCCAAGUGGACAAGCUCAACAAUGCUUACCCGUUUGACUGGGGAUUCCCCCACAACUUCCUUGGAAUUGAUCCUCGUUACCUCCCUGGCGGCAAACCUGCCCCCAACGCGGUCCACUUGAUAAAUGCGGGAGAGAUCGAGUAUACGAAACUCCCUUGA